AUGAAAUACAUUGAUAAAAUCAAUCUCUUGGAUACUAUUAGUAAAUAUACCAACAACGUUAGUCGUCGUCGUCGUCGUCGUCGUCGUCGUCAUCGUCGUCGUCGUCGUCGUCGUCAUCGUCGUCGUCGUCGUCGUCAUCGUCGUCGUCGUCGUCGUCGUCAUCGUCGUCGUCGUCGUCGUCGUCAUCGUCGUCGUCCUUACAUUCAAUAUUUCGUUAAAAAAGAAAGAGAAAAGAUGAACUACUGA